UCCUCUCCAUAGAAAAUGUUUUCCCUGGGGUCCUGGCUCCCAGCGCUGCCCGGGCUGGCGUGGGGCUGGGCGCUGCUGGAUGCGCUCCUGCAAGGGCUGGUGGGUGCCUGCGCCGUCUCGGUGCUCUGCAGCCUCCUGAAGGUUUAUCUCUACAUCCAGUGUGCAAAUAACCCCGAGAGGCAGGCGGAGAAGGAGGCGAUGGCGGCGCGGCGGCCGCUGCUGGAGCCGCUGCAGGUGCUGGUGCUGACGGCUGUCCUGGCCCUGGUGGGCUCCCGUGUGGCUGCCCUGGUGGUGCUGGAGUUCUCCCUGCGCGCCGUCUCCACCAUCCUCUCCCUCAAGGGCGCCCACAGCAGCCAGCUCUACCUGCUGUGCCAGUACUCUCUGGGUUGCGGGGUGUCCUGCGGCCUCAGCUUCCUGCUGGAGGGGGCUCCGCACCGCAGCUGGAACCUGGCGCUGGCGGCGGGGCUGGCGGGGCUGCUGGCGCUGCACGCCCGGCGCCUGGCCCGCCACGUCUGCGCCCUGUACGAGCUGCACAGCCGGCAGCGCUACUGCGGCGUCUGCAUCCUGCUGCUGGCCGCGGGGCACGGCAUCCCGCGCCUGCUGCGCAACGCCCUGGCCGUCACCUUCGCCGUGGCCGACCUGGCCGCCGUGGAGCUCAUCAACCGCGAUUUCCUCUCCACGGGCGAGGCCGUGCGCUUCUGGACCCCGCUGAGCAUCUGCUACACCCUGCUGGUCGUCUACAUGCAGGAGGAGUCCCGGCAGAGCACCGGCAGGGGGGCGGCGUUCCGGACCGUGAUGAUGCGGAUGGGCGGCCUCUUCAUCCUCCUCCUCACCGUGGGCCGAUGGACCGACAUCCUGCACGUCUUCGUGUCGCUGCUGGGGGAGCUCUGGUGCCUGCUGCACUCCGGGGUGCUGCUGGAGUCCUGCUGCAGGCAGGAUUUUGCCCAGCAGCCUCGCCUGGAUCGCCUGGCAGGAUCCGGAUCGGGGGAGACGUCUCGAUGA